AUGCGCUUCAUCCUCUUGACUGCUGUUGCGGCGGCUCUGACGCUGUGUGAUGCGAUCAAGAUACCCGUCCAUCGACGCGACGUAGCGAUCACAAAGCUCGACAAGCGCCGUAUACAUCACCAUGUAUCUGGGCAGCAUUAUCGCUGGCCUGUUCCUAUUCUCGGUGGCUCGACGUUUUACGCUAACAUUUCAAUCGGAUCGGAUGUUUAUAGCUACUGCUCCCUCGAUACUGGAUCCCCCACAACGGUCAUCAGAAAAUAUCAUUUCGGUCGCAACGCAAAGAACCUGACUACACCUUACGCACAGGUCUACGCGGACUUCUCAGUUUUCUUUGGCUACAUGUACGAGGACGAGGUUACGCUCGCCGGCAGCGGCUUGACAUUCGAUUUCAAGUUCGCGGGAGCAGUCUAUCCAGGCGGACCAGUGGCCGACAGCGUCAAUGGCAUCAUUGGCCUCAGUCCACAAAUUGAACAAGACAACUUCUUCUCGCAGACAAAUGGCAUCAAACCAGGCACAUACCUCAACCUUAUGGCGCAACUCAAAGCAGACAAGCACAUUGCUGCGGACAUCAUUUCGAUGUACUUUCAACCAAGGGACACGUCAAGGACGCUCGGCACAGACGCCGGCGCCCUCGAGCUCGGCGCGAUCAAUUAUGCGCUGCACAAGUCCGACAUUGCUUAUGCAGAUAUGCUCGGUGAAUGGCAUAACUCUGCCACUGACUCUAAUAUCCAGUACUGGGCAUGCACGGUGGCCAUCCCUUCAGUUGGAAUCGAAGCGUCAGAUCCAGUCGCUUCAUUCACCAUAAUUGACACCGGCUCUACUCAGCUGAUGCUUCAAAAAUCUGCCUUUUCCAAAUGGUACAACCAAAUUCCAGGCGUCUUCAAGGACGCGACCUUUGGAAUCGUAGCUUUCCCCAACAGCUCACUCGCUCACGUGCCUGCCCUCGACUUCGUCGUCGAUGGUGUUACAUUCAAUUUACCUGCAAGCGAGCUGCUUUUGCCCGCAAGCUAUGUCAACGAACUCAUGCUCGAUACAAAGUACACCUAUUCCUACGUUGCCGAAACGGUCUUGCCAACUCUCAACAUCUUCGGCUGCUUCUUCCUUGAGCGCUUCGCCGUCAUUCUCGACGGUGACAAGAAGCGUAUCGGCUUCGCAAAGACCGCGUAUUCGCCGGCCUGA